AUUCUAGCUCCAAAAAUUUAAAACAAGUUACUUUCACGCAAUCUAUAUAUGUGUUCUUAAAGUAAUUGUUGUCAAGUUAAAAAGCAAAAUCAAUUUGUUACAAAAAUCAAAGUAGAACAUUGGGACAUCGGAAAACCUACUCGAGUUGUCACCCGUUACGAUAAAAAAUGAGGCAUUUUUUGUUUGCUCUCCUAAUUCUGUCGAUAGCGAGUGUGAACUAUGGAAAUGUUAGAGUGAACUAUAUACAUGAGUGGAAGUACGUUGACUAUAACUGGGAAAAUCAAAAGCAGAUGGAAGAUGCAAAAAAAUCUGGAAUUUACGACCCUUAUAAGUGCGUGAUAUUUGAUGGAACUAGAGCAAAAGAUGGUAGAAUAUUUGUUACUGUGCCGAGAGUCUAUGGCCUUGUUUCACCUGCUACUGUGGCAACAGUAACUAAUAAAACAGGACCAGGAGGUCUACUUUUACGUCCGUAUCCAGAUUGGAGUUGGCAUAAUAGUACAUGUACGUGCAAUGGUAUUAUAAAUGUUUACCGAGUGCAAACUAAAUGCAAUCACAUCUUCGUUCUGGAUAGCGGUAAAAUUGGUUCAAAUCAAACUUGUAAUCCAAAAUUAUUGAUUUUCGAUUUAAAAGAUGAUAAGUUAGUUGAAACUAUUUACAUCCCACUUAGUAUCGCUACUAACCAAACGGGCUUUGGAACAUUGGUAAUGCCUUAUGUUUAUGUUGAAAAUGGAAACUGCACGCAGUUUCUGGAUAAAAUGAUUAUAAUUAUGACCGACAUGGAAGGUAAUGGUUUAGUGGUGUAUGACUUAUCUACAAAGCGUAUGUGCAGAGUCGAAUCUGAUUACAUGAAACCGACUGAUACUUUGGUUACCAUAGGAAACGUAACUUUUCCUUUUGCGAACGGUCCCUUCAGUGUGACAGUCCUUAAUGAGGAUGUUUAUCAUAUUUCUGCAUCGGGAAAGAAAAUUUAUAGGAUAGAAAUGAAGACAUUACUAGAAUGUCCAAAUAAGAGAAAGGCAAAUAAAAAAAGUAAACUCGCUAUUAAAAUAUCAAACCAAACAGGACAGAUCGCAUCAGCGGAAAAUUCAAUAUUUUAUAGUGAUAAUCAAGCAAUGGCUAUUCUAGGCACAAACGUUAAGAAAUCUGGUAAAAACACGGUGAUGCUCGCACAAGACGAGAAAUUGCAAUGUAUACCUUCAAUGAAAAUUUCAAAUUAUUGGAAUCGGUUAAUGGCCAUAUCAAAUAAAUUUCAGCUUUUUAUUGCUACUGGUAAAGUAAAUAUAAAUGAAAUAAACUCCCAUUAUUUUGAAAUGGAUUUAAGAGAAAUACAAAAGUUGAUGAAUUCGAUUUAUUCAAACACUACUUGAUUUUCGUAUUUGGAACAUAUUUUAUAUUAACAAACGCUUUUACAUAAUUUUAUUAUUAAUAUUAUACACGUAUGAUUUAAAUGUAAA